CAACCGGUUUUCUUUCUCUUACAUUUUCAAUCUGUCGAUAUCAUGAUUUGAAAUGCAUAAUAUAGCGCUUUUUAUCAAACGUGACUGGAGAAAUCUUGUAUACAUACGUGUAUUCUUACACACAAAAGAUAAGACGUACAUAUGACAUUUCUGCUUCUGCUUUCUAGAUUUAAUUGGUUUUUUAACGACUUUGUGCAUUAAUUAUUGCGUCGUUUGCUAAAGCAGAAAGGAAUUUUACUUUUUAUCAUAUGGAUGCUAUUACAGUGGGAUCAGCCUCAAGUUUUUUAGAGAAACCAACUAUGUACAAAGUAUUAUCUAACGUGUCAAAGUAUACAGUCUACAAUGAACUGCGUAGAACACCAUCAAGUUCUCGUGGACCAUCUAUAACAACCUUAAAUCUAAAUAAGCAACUACUUCCCAAACAACCUGUUCCUGAUCUCAAGCAAACUGCAGAGCGUUAUUUGAGGUCUUUGAAGCCAUUGUUGACCAAUGAAGAACAUAAAAAUACAGAGAGAAUUGUAAAUGAAUUUAUAAGCAACACUGGUGUAGGACCUCAAUUACAUGCUAAAUUAUUGGAGAAAUAUCAAAGCACUGAUAAUUGGAUGAAAGAUUGGUGGUUGCAAGUUGCAUACUUGGGAUAUCGUGCUCCUGUUAUUGUACAUUCUAGUCCUGGAACUGUUGGACCACCAGUUACUUUCAACAGACCGGAUGAUAUAUAUCUAUUUGCAGCACGUCUCGUUGCUGCAGUUUGUAAUUACAAUGAAAUGGUCAAGAGUGGAAAGAUGAAACAAGAAAUGGUUCGCAAUGAUCCACUUGACAUGCAGCCUUACGGCAUGAUACUUGGCACACAUAGGCAACCCAACAAAAAUAUUGAUAAACUGUUGCAUACAGAUGAGUCCAAACACAUAAUAAUCAUAAGUAAUAAUCAUUUUUUUAAACUUUGCAUUGUCGACGAAAAUGGCAUUUUAAGUGAGGGUAAACUCGUGACUGCUAUAAAAGAUAUUGCAGAUCGCUCAUGUAUGCCAGGGAAGCCUGUAGGAAUUUUAACUGGAAACGACAGAGAUACUUGGGCAAAGGACCAUAGCUUACUUAUAGAAUUGGGUAAUAACAGAAGUAUAAUCAAGGAUAUAGAAACAUCCUUAUUUAUACUGUGCCUGGACAAAAAUAUACCUAAAGAUGCUUUUAAGGAAAAAAAUAAUGCUUCAGUUAGAGCAGUUCAGGCUUUGACAGGCUUCAACAGCUGUUUAAAUGCAGGCAAUAGGUGGCAUGAUAAAACUGUACAGUAUAUAGUAUCCGCGGAUGGUUACAUUGGUAUGGAAUAUGAACAUUGCCCAUGUGAGGGUGUUCCAGUUGCUGUUCUUCACGAUUAUUUUUCAUUUAUUUUCAGAGCGGUAAGAGAAAGUAGCGCAAAGUGUGAAGAUUCUAAAUAUGUCUCUAGAGCAGAGCUCUUAAAAUUUGAAACUAAUGAUGUUAUAGAGAAUGCAAUCGAGAAAGCUACUGAUUCAGUAGACAAACUUUCAGAGGACAUAGACAUGGAAUGUUUUACAUUCGAUAAGUUCGGUGCGGACGCGAUAAAAGCAAUUAAACUGAGUCCCGACAGUUUUAUCCAGAUCGCAAUGCAAGUAACUUUCUACAACUUGCAAAGAAAACCGCCAGCGCAUUACGAAAGCGCGGCAUUACGAAGAUUUAUUAAUGCCAGAACCGAGUGCAUCAGAUCCACUAGCACCGAGUCUGUCGAAUUUGCAGAAAUGAUGCUCUACGAUGCUGGUUGCAAAACUAAAGCACAAAAGAAAGAAGCAAUGAUCAGAGCUAUAAAUGCUCAUAAAAAUAUAGCUGGACAAGCUGCGUUAGGCCAAGGUGUCGAUCGACAUUUAUUCGGCUUAAAAAUGAUAGCGCAGAGUGAAGGAAUGGAGCUUCCAGAAUUGUAUAAGGAUAUUGGUUAUACCAAAAGUACAUAUUUCAAUUUAACAUCGAGUCAGGUACCAUAUACUUCAGCCUCUUUCAUGUGCUAUGGACCGGUUGUUCCCGACGGUUAUGGUUGCUGUUACAAUCCACGAGCAAAAGAUAUUCUAUUCGCCUGUUCUUCGUUUAGAGCUUGCGAAAAGACUAACACGAAGGAUUUUGCUCGUGUUUUACAAGAAACAUUGUGCAACAUGCGAGAUAUAGGAAGCGAAUAAUAUUAUAAGAUAUGCAAUUUUACUGCGAUCAAUGUUCAGUCGAGAUUCAUAUUUUUAUAUGCAAAUAUUUGUAUAAGUAUGAGUAAAAUAGAGUACGUUGUAAGUCAAGUAGAUUCGUGUUUUCUACUUUUUUAUGGAAUAAUUUGUAUUACAGACUGAAAAUACUUUGCAGAAUAUCACUCUGAUUGAUCUGGC